AUGGCGACAAAUGAUUGGUUCUCAAAAUUUCCGGAUACAAAAAUCUACCACCUAGACGUGACCACCUCUGAUCAUAAACCUUUAUGGAUUGUGCCGGAGGGGAUGGAGUGCAAACAAAAGCGGCCGUUCAGGUUUGAAAAAAUGUGGAUGAGUGAGAGUGGAUGUGGGGAAACCAUUGAAGCGGUAUGGCAGGGGUCAUAUUCAGAUUCGGCUGGGAGGAAAAUAUUGAAGAAAAUUGAAACAUGUGGAACGGAAUUGACUAAAUGGAGCAAGAACAAUUUUGGGAAUGUCCAGAGAGAAUUAGAAAAGAAGCGUAAAUUGUUGGCUCAAGCUGAGAGGGUGGCAAUUAAUGGGGGAUCGGUACACAGAUUGAAGAAGCUUGAGCAGGAGAUAAAUUUGCUCAUGGACCGGGAAGCAAAACUGUGGAGGCAGCGAGCAAAAGUCCAGUGGUUAAAAGAUGGGGAUCGUAACACCACUUUUUUCCACAGCAAAGCAUCACAACGAACAAGAAAAAAUUACAUCAAGGGGCUGUAUAAUCAUGAGGGGCAGUGGAAUACACAUCCUGGCCGAAUUGCAGACACCAUUCUACAGUUUUAUCAAGAGUUGUUCACUACUUCUAGCCCGGAUAGUUGUGAGGAAAUUUUAGAGCAGAUCCCACAGGUAGUAUCUACGGAUAUGAACCAAGAAUUAACUCGGGAAUUCAUGUCUGAGGAGGUUGAAAUAGCUCUCAAAUAG